AGCUGAAAACCAACGUUGUCAAUGUGACGACCGUUUUCAACAGUUUGAACGAAUACGUAAAUGCCGGUUCGGAUUUGAAUGAAAAGCUUCAAAAAGUGGCCGACCCACCGCCACCGGAAGUGAAACCUUCGACCGCCGGUGGAGUCGAUUUUGGCACCAACGGUGAUAGCAAACCGCUCAUAUCGCCAUCUAGUUCCUCUAUUUCGGCCGAAUCUCACACGUCUUCCUCGGUGGAGGGCGAUGGCGAUGGAGUUGUUGGGGUUGGUGAUAAAAACCGGAUAGAGUCUGAAAAUGCCGAUGCAAAUGCUCGGCGCCUUUCAACCUCUUCAACGGCAUCGAACAGCUCGGGAUCUCGAAAUCAUCAUCACCGUCACAGGAGAAACAGCAGCUUCUCGUCAUCGGUGACCACUUCGUCGACGUCUUCCUCGUCGUCUUCGACGUCCACCAGCGACGGAGAGGACGAAGGCGAGGAGCACGAACGGCUGAACGAGGGCCUUUCGUUGAGCGCGGGGGAUUACAUUUUGGAUUCCUCGGAGAAUACGACACUGGCCACGACCAAUGAGGACCAACCGGCAAGCCAAGUGGUGGUGACGACGGCGGCGGCGACUGAGGAAGAGAAGAAACCGCAAAGCGGACCCAGCGAACAGCAGGAUACGUCGGCGUUUUCCUACAAAAAUAGUUUGUACUCGGAUACGCUCAGCAACGACGUUAUCAACUUGGAAGGUAUCUCAUCGAUAUCCUCUAUUGUGGCGGUGGAUUUGACGAGUGCCGGUCCCGGCGACAAUAAAGACCGGGAAGACGCUUCUGCGCCAGGGGAGCAGCAACCUAACAAGAAAGAAGAUGUCGCGUUAGCGCAACCGGAAGUGCUCGAAGAAGAACGGACCGAAUUGAAGAGGGUUGUAGGAUUUGAGUCCACGAUGGACGACGUUUCGGACACGGAAUUGGAAAGCUAUUUGCAAGAGCUGGAAGAGUAUGACAUGCAGCAAAGUGUGGGACCUGGGCCGAACAAUGUCACUCCAAGUGUGGUCGAAGCUGAACCAGUUGAGGAAGUGGCUGUUUUGGAGAAACCUGUCGAAGAGAAGGAUCGGAAGGAUACCAUAAGUAUUGGUAGUCGCAACAGUAUUGACACCAGAAGUGACGAAAGUAUACCGGAGUCCAACCGGGGAGAGAAUGAGGAUGAUUUGAUUUCCCAAGCGUCUACUCUGGAGUUCAACGACUUGGCAGCGAUGCAGGCUGCAAACAGUGGUGCCAACGUAGUGGAUGAUAUUGAAAUAGAAGAUAUCCCCGAUAACGACGUACCGGAGUUUUUCGCUGAAGCAGGUGACGAUGGAGGCGAGAUUAAGUUUAUCGACUGCACCGAAACGGAGUCGGCCAUUGUCAGAGAAGAUCUUCCGGUUGUCGAAGAAGCCAGAGCUGGUGCGGACAAUGAGCGAGCCCGGGAAGAGCCGGGAGGUGAAACGGCAUCGGCUGGCGCAUCUUCCGAACGGGCUCCCCUGUCGCGGCCGAAUUCUCUAGAACUGCAAACCCACGCGGACAGCUAUGCCGAAAAACAGAGUUCUCCUGGUCACACGCCGCCUUCAUCGAUGUCCCACGGAAUUGAUUCCGACCAAGGACUCACUCUGUCCUCUACGAGUUCCGAUGACUUUGCACCUUCGAUCGCGAUGGGGGCUGCGCCUCCGCCAUCGGCACCACCCGAGGAGAUGAGCGAAGGCCUACUCCACGAAGUCAGCGCAGGGCAACCCAGCUUCCGUCCCACGGGGCCUCUUGCUUCCCAUCCACAGCUCGGUAAAAUACCUCCCUAUUGGGUACCGGACAACGCGACCAAUUUCUGCAUGCAGUGUGACCAAAAGUUCUCCCUCAUAAAGCGCCGCCAUCACUGCCGGGCGUGCGGUCAGCUCCUCUGUUCGGCGUGCUGCUGCCUGAAAGCCAAACUCGAAUACCUCGGCGAUGUGGACGCUCGUGUUUGCAUCAGCUGCGACAUCAUUCUCAACCAGCAGCAGCAAGCCCUGGAGGAAGCCCAGUACGGAUCCCAGUUUGCGAUUGCAGCCGGUGCGUCCGUAAUGUCGGCCAGUGCAACUAGGCAACCGAAUCCGAACAAUCCGAUGGAGUAUUGCUCCACGGUGCCUCCCUUCCAGCAGGCCACCAAUCAGCCCCAAUCUCCGAUUUCAGUCAUGGUUCCGGUGGGUGUUUUGAAACGAGCCGGAGCAUCUCGAUCUGGGAGGAAGGAUAAAACGGUGAUCUUCAGCGAUGGCAUCCGGCCUGGGUGCGAUCUGACCGAGCUGGACGAAAAUUGGGACUCCCAACCACCGAAAACAUCGCCUUCGAUUGUGCCCUCGGGUGACAAGCGGAAGGGGCGUGUCCAGACACCGGUUGGCGAGGAACCGCCAUCCAUCUCGAGCACCAUUCAGUCCCUAAUACCCCAGGGCGAGAACAAGCUGCCACCGAUUGUCAAGCAGAUCACCAAAACCGAAACCAAGCACAUCGAUGUGGAUAACGAUGCGGCUCUGAUUGCGAGCCUGCGGGACGGCACACUAACCUUUGCGCUGCAGCGAAAUCUCUACGUGCUGGUAACCAUCAGGGAGCUAAGCUGCUGCAUCAACAAGACUGUGAUCAACUACACCACCCGGGGAAUGCACUACGUCGGUCAAGACGAGAUCGUCAUUCUACUGGAGUUGGGCGAUUCCCAACUGUUGCCAAAGGACAUCUUCGUCCACUUGAACGACAUCUAUCUGGAUGCGGAUCGGGGCAACACCGUCUCCGAGCUGGGCUUCAGUCCGCCGAGGAUGCCGAACUUUCUCGGAUCCAAAAACCACGGUGGGUUCCUGUACGUUAGGCCAACCUAUCAGUGUAUGCAGAAUGUGAUAAUUCCGGAUGCGCCGUAUCUGGUUGGGGUGUUGAUUCACAGGUGGGAAGUACCGUGGGCGAAGGUUUUGCCCCUGAGGUUGAUGCUACGGUUAGGCGCGCUGUAUCGAUACUACCCCAGUCCGCACGUGAGCGUACGAGAACGGGAAUCCGUGUAUGUGGAAAUAGCCCAAACGAUCAUAACUCUGCUGGCAGACUUUAGGAACUACACGUACACCAUUCCCACCAUCCGCGGCAUGGUCAUACACAUCGAAGAUCGUAAGACGAGCAUUUUGAUCCCGCGGAACCGGUACGAACAGGUGAUGAAGGUGCUGAGCGGAACCAAGGAUCAAACUAUUCUGGCGCUGGGUGGAAACUUUAGCAAGGUGGCCGAUGGUCAUCUGGUGUGCAUUCAGAACACGGACUCGGGCUGUCCGGAAACGGCGCAGUACUCGACGCAGGCGAUUAACAUCGAAGGACAACCGAGAAAAGUUACCGGUGCCAGUUUCAUGGUUUUGAACGGAGUGUUGAAACCGAACAGUGGUUUGGUGGGCAAGUGUAGCAUCGUGGAGGACGGACUAAUGGUACAGGUUCCUCCGGCCAAAAUGAACACCAUCAAGGAUGCACUGAAGAACAUGAAGGACUACAAGAUCGUGUGCGGACCGGUCGAAGGAGACGACAGCCAGAAGGAGAUCGUCAGUAUCGAGUGGACGGAAAACGAUCUCAACUUCAAUAUUGGAGUUGUCUCUCCGAUUGAUAAGAAGUCUCUUGAUGGAGUGCCUAGCAUACGUGUCCACCGAGGAACUGACUAUUCCAAUGCCAAUCAUAUAAUCCGGUGGACCGAAGUCUUCAUUAUUCAGGGAGACGAAGAAUCGAACCAUCCAGGUGAUCCCAUAAACAUGUCGAAACUGUCAGAGCAGGUGGCCAAAAGCGCCUGCACGGCACUAGUUGCAUUCCUCGAUCUGCUAGCAUCCAAUGGAUUAACCAAAAUCGGCCUCCGGAUAAUGCUGGAUUCGGAAAAUGUUUCCUACGAGGCGGGAAGUCAAUUCAACAAGUUGGGACCCCUGUACAUGAACGCCCUGGACAACGAACUGAUCGGGACCCUGAAUCGGCAGGCCAACAGUCUACACUUGGACCAGCAGAUCAUCUUUGAACUGAUCUUUCACAUUCUGGACAAAUAAUCAACCAGCGAUGAUUCUCUGUAAUGUAGAGUGUCUAUCGAGUUCAAUUUGAUCCAUGUGCAUACCGUGAAAAUUAGGAUCAAAUUGGUAUGUAGAAAUGCGAGUACGUAGAAGAGCAGUUACACACGUUUAAUGAUACGAUAUUAUCAAAGUGCAUGUAUGUAUAAUAGAAAUAUAAUAGACUGUUGUUGCUAUUGUUGGAAAGAGGAAUAACACGGAUGCGGAAGCCUGUGUUGAUACAACUAUUUACAAAACACGUAACAAUGAUUUGAUCUGUAGGAUUUAGGUUGAAGAUAACAGAAUGUACUAGUAGGAUAUGUUUUUAUUAAUUGCGCGCAGAUAGGAACGAGAAUGUUUUAUGUAAAACAAAUGUGGCAAGUGGCAAGCAAAGAAAAGAAUCUAUUACGGUAUAGAAAACACUGAGCUAAUCGAAGAUAAGCAACUUGUCUUUGUAUGAAUAUUUCGUGUACCAUAGUUGAAUUAUUGGAAAAUUUAUUACUGCUAUUAACCAACAUAAAAUAUUUAUAUUUUAUUUAGAAAUUUUAAAAUAAACCUGAGCUAUUGGGAAACCGA